AUGGUGCUAAGCACUGAGUGGUCUCAGGUUGAGAUAAUCGAUUUGAUCAACGAUGGUAACGGACUUGGUUUCAUGCUGGUCGGCGGCCGCAGCACGGGCGUAGUGAUCAAGGCUCUCAUACCGGGCUCGGUGGCAGAGCGGGAUGGCCGUUUACAGAGCGGUGACCAUGUGCUGCAGAUCGGAGAAGUCAAUUUGCGGGGCUUUAACUCGGAGCAGGUGGCCACCGUGCUGCGCCAGUCCGGCCAACAAGUGCGACUGAUCGUGGCGCGGCCGGUAGAGCCGACCUCGCCGGACUAUAAGGCACUCGCCAGCCACGCGCCGAUCAUCCCGACCAAGAUGCUAACCGACCCCGACGAGCUGGACCGGACACUACUUCAGACGGCCGGUUACACACCCGGGGUGUUCCUGCAGUCCUCCGCUUCCAUUGGGUCUGCCUUUGCCCUCGACAACCGUACUACUGCUAUCUGCCCAACGCACAUUGAAGUCGUAGCAGUUAACCACAGAGCGUUCGAAGCCGCCAGUUGCCUCGAGACGGUGGCGUUAGUGCGAAACGGAAGAACCGCAUCGCUGGUGUCAGCAGGCAACGGAGUAGUGGCACAUCAUCAGUCUUCGACUAACAUCCAUGACGGUGCUGGAGGAGGUGGCGAGUCGAAGUCGGUUUUGAGCCAGUCGAUGCGCAGCGCAGCGGCCGAAAUGUUGGAAUGUUGCGGUGGCAGCGCAGCCGGGACUUUGCCGGGAGUGUCGGCUGGCAGUGUCAAUAAAGAAUUACAGCACGAAUGCACCGACGAAGGACUAGGGGAAACGAAAAUGUCCCCCGAGUCACCGGAAACGGAGACAUACGAGGUGGAGCUGCACAAGAACGUAUACGGGCUUGGUAUCACGGUGGCAGGGUACGUAUGCGAGGAGGAAGACCUGUCCGGUAUCUUCGUGAAGAGUAUCAUCGAGGGUAGCGCUGCGGAAGUGAGCGGGAGGAUAGCAAUUAACGACCGGAUCGUGGCGGUAGACGGACGCUCGUUGGCCGGGGUCACCAAUCAUCAGGCGGUGGAGCUGCUGCGUAACACUGGCAUCAUCGUUCGGCUUAUGCUGGAGCGGUUUUUGCGCGGCCGUAAGUAUGAGCAUCUGCAAGUGGCGCUUAUCGACCCCUCGUCGAAACCGUGUCUCGCCACGGAGCGGAACAAAAUCAUCCUGCCUCCGGUAUCCUGUCAACCGAUGGUCGAACGCGGCUGCAUACUAAACGGCGGUGACGCUGACGACGGUGACGGUGGUAACGACCAGGCCACAGAGUCCACCGUCGCCCACAUCACGGAGCUGUCCCAUUCGCAGCACUCACUUUCGCAUUACCUGUCACAGUGCACCUCGUUACGCUGCUCGAUCAUGCAGUCCCCUUCGGUGACGACUCUCUCCAUCUGUCCCGCUCGCUCCGACGCCGACUCGGUAGUGACGGAGUGCGGCGUCGAACCCGAGCUGGAAUCGGGCUCGACCUUUGACUCCAGUGUGUUUGUGCUCGAAAACGGUAGUGAAUUGUCGUUCGGCGGGAGCGGCGGCUCUCCACUCCAACCACCUCCAACGAAUGGGGACAGUAGCGGUAGCUGUGGUACGCCGACGACGACGAGAGCGGCAAACCGCAGGAUGACCAGUGGUGAUGACACCGAUGACGACCUGGUGGUGCUGGAGCGGUGGACUCGUGAAAUCCCACACAGUCAGAUCGUGAUGGCUGACAUUCGUAAGCUGGCCGGUCUCGGCAUCAGUCUUGAGGGAACGGUUGAGGUGGAGUGCGGCGUGGAGCUGCGGCCCCAUCACUACAUCCGCUCGAUACUGGAGGAUGGGCCGGUCGGGCGCAACGGUUCACUCAAGCCGGGCGACGAACUGUUGCAGGUGAACGAGCACCGGCUGCAGGGUCUACGGCACAUCGAGGUGGUCAAGAUCUUGAAGGAGCUGCCGGCGCAGGUUCGGGUGAUUUGCGCGCGCGGCAGUUCACCACCGACGGUCAUCAAUACGUCGCGCAACGCGGAGGCAUUUGAGGCACGGAGCCUGUUGGCCGGUGGGCUUCAGAGCCUCCAGUACAUUCAGGGCAUCCUCACGAAGGCACAGUCCGAGAGCUCGCUCUACACCUCUAGCACAGCAACCCUUACCGACCAGCAGCGAUCGAAGUCGAUGGAACAGGUGUCCGGGCUGGCGCUUUGGACUAGCGACGUACUGUACUGUGACAUCGAAAAAACCGAGCGUGGGUUCGGGUUCUCCAUUCUCGACUACCAGGACCCGCUCGACACUGACGGCACGGUGAUCGUAGUACGUGGCCUUAUUCCGGGUGGUUCGGCCGAGGCAACCAACUUCAUCUUUCCCGGCGAUCGACUCGUAUCCGUCAACGGGCACAGUCUGCAAAGCGCCAGCUUGGACCAGGCGGUAAGUAUUCUGAAGGGUAUACCACUCGGAACAGCGUGUAUUGGAUUGUCCCGGCCGCUCUCGACUUCCGACAACAAUCUUUCCUCUGCGCCAGAAACGCCCACCGCCUAG